UCCCAGAGCUGGAACUUGAACUUGGGUCUCUCACUCUUCCAAACCAGGGUGCUUUCCAGUGCAGCAGGGCUCUUCAGCUUGUAUAGGAGUCGUUGUAUUUCCCAGAGAGCCUAAUAACGCUAGGUUCACUCAGGAGACACCCAAUAAAUUGUUGCUGUCUGGACAACAGACAGGAAAAAAAAAAAAGAAAGAAAGAAAACCUUGAAGAGCUUCAGGACAACGAGGAGAUGGGGCGGCACUGGAUCUCUUUUCUUUCAGGCAAAAGCUUCUGACCCUGGGGCCACAGACGGGAAACGAAAGUGAAGAAGAGGGGGAAAAAAAACUACAAUUCCCAAAAGACCAUAAAGCGUCCACCUUACGCAUGCGUAGACCCCGCCCUAAUUCUGUGGCUUCCCAGCAGCUCUUUUCGCGCAUGCGCUCUCCGAUCAGUCUUCUUCCAGCCCCUCGUUUUCCCCGGCCGGAGUUGGUGCCUGGACCUGCUGGGACCUUCAUCUCCGGUUGCGAUGUUGCCCUUCUCUUUGCUCUGGGCGACUCGGGGGCUGCUGAAGGUCUACCCUGCCACCUCCGUUGCUCAGGAAACCACCAGCUCGUUGCCCUAACUUUUGCCAGUUUGGUUGCCUCCCACCCUGACUGGGGUAUCACUUUGUGAAGGCUCUGCAGGAAGACCAUCCUCUGCGGAGAUGUGGUCGGCUGGUCAGGAUGGCCAUACGGUGCCAGCACAGCGAGGCAGCCCAGACCCAGACUGGAGAAGCAACCAAGGGCUGGUCAGGCCAGGAGAGUCUAUCGGACAGUGACCCUGAGAUGUGGGAGCUGCUACGGAGAGAGAAGGACAGGCAGUGUCGUGGCCUGGAGCUCAUUGCUUCAGAGAACUUCUGCAGCCGAGCUGCGCUGGAGGCCCUGGGGUCCUGUCUGAACAACAAGUACUCGGAGGGUUAUCCUGGCAAGAGGUACUAUGGAGGAACAGAGGUAGUGGAUGAAAUCGAGCUGCUGUGUCAGCGCCGGGCCUUGGAGGCCUUUGACCUGAAUCCUGCUCAGUGGGGAGUCAAUGUCCAGCCUUACUCGGGGUCCCCAGCCAACCUGGCUGCCUACACAGCCCUUCUGCAGCCUCAUGACCGAAUCAUGGGGCUGGACCUGCCUGAUGGGGGCCAUCUCACCCAUGGCUACAUGUCUGAUGUUAAGCGGAUCUCAGCUACAUCCAUCUUCUUCGAGUCUAUGCCCUAUAAGCUGAAUCCCAAAACCGGCCUCAUUGACUAUGACCAGCUGGCACUCACUGCUCGGCUCUUCCGACCUCGACUCAUCAUAGCUGGUACCAGUGCCUAUGCUCGCCUCAUCGACUACGCCCGCAUGCGAGAGGUGUGUGAUGAGGUCAAGGCACACCUGCUGGCGGACAUGGCCCACAUCAGUGGCCUGGUGGCUGCCAAGGUGAUCCCCUCACCUUUCGAGCAUGCGGAUGUUGUCACCACCACCACUCACAAGACCCUUCGAGGGGCCAGGUCAGGACUCAUCUUCUACCGGAAGGGGGUGCGGGCUGUGGACCCCAAGACGGGCCGGGAGAUCCCUUACACGUUUGAGGACCGAAUCAACUUUGCUGUGUUCCCGUCCCUGCAGGGGGGCCCCCACAACCAUGCCAUUGCUGCAGUGGCUGUAGCCCUAAAACAGGCCUGCACUCCCAUGUUCCGGGAGUACUCCCUGCAGGUUCUGAAGAACGCUCGGGCCAUGGCUGAUGCCCUGCUAGAGCGAGGCUACUCGCUGGUGUCUGGUGGCACUGACAACCACCUAGUGCUGGUGGACCUGCGGCCCAAGGGCCUGGAUGGGGCUCGAGCUGAACGGGUGUUGGAACUCGUAUCCAUCACGGCCAACAAGAACACCUGUCCUGGAGAUCGAAGUGCUACCACACCUGGGGGCCUGCGGCUGGGGGCCCCAGCCUUGACUUCUCGACAGUUCCGUGAGGAUGACUUCCGGAAAGUUGUGGGCUUUAUAGAUGAAGGCGUCAACAUCGGCUUGGAGGUGAAGAGCAAGACCGCCAAACUCCAGGAUUUCAAAUCCUUCCUGCUCAAAGACCCAGAAACAAGUCAUCGGCUGGCUGACCUCAGGCAACGGGUGGAGCAGUUUGCCAAGGCCUUCCCCAUGCCUGGUUUUGAUGAGCACUGAAGGCACCUAAGAAAUGAAGCGCACAGACUGACGUUUAUUCCUCUUCCCCCUACCUGGACAAGUUAGGGGUGGGGGUAACUGCCUAUCUUCCAAUUUUUUGCUGGAGGAGGGGAAGGCCGCCCACUUAAGGGAAAAGGCGGGUAUAGUUCCCCUUCCCAGGAUUUGUAGCUGAGGAGGUUUCUUCUUGUAACAAGACUUAGAAGGAAGAGGCUUGGGGCUUUCUGCCCUAACCUCUCUCAUUAUCUCAGUGUUAUAGACUCCCUGCCCUCUCUUGGGGAGGGGGGAGUUGCCCUUGUGAGCCAGAGGAAGGAGUGGGUAGGCACCCUUCUUUCAUCUUUAUCUAAUAAAAUGCUGACCUGC